UCGUGAAUGUUAUAACCAAUAAUUCUUUAGAGUUGUGUUUUGUUGACGCUUGAAGCACCAUUCAGAAGGAGACCCUAGCAUCCAAACGCGACUUUCUGGGAGAUCAUGAUGACCCUUUUUUUUUCUUAUAACGGAUGGGUCCAGGGUGCAAAAGUUGUUGUCACAGUGGGGAUAAAUUGAAAAUACGAAGGCAGAAAUGGGAUAAAAGCAAAUUCAACAGAGUGGAUGACAUAUAUCUAUGUGUAUACAUCAAAAACGAAAAACCACACCGAAUAAGGACGUUUACCAUAUAAUCCAAUAAGCGUAAGUCAUGUUGUAACGCAGACGAAGAGCAGCAAAAGGCAAGCCGCCGGAGGAGGGAAGCUGAAGGGCUGAAAGCCAUACGAUUCAUUGGCACCACUGCGAGAAAAACAUCCACAGGGUAUGGUAUGAUCCAUGACGGGUGAUCUGGGGGAGAGCGAGUAUCACUGAACCUCCCCACAACCACAACCAUCAGUCCCCGUCUCUUCAACAUCCAGUCAACCAUGGUGGACGACUCCGCCUCCAUCUCCCACCCGCCGCCCUCUUCCAAUCUUCGCCGUAGAAACUCCAUCGGCACAGCUGCUAUCCCCACAAAGCUCACCCUCCCAUCAAAGGCCCACUACAGCUCCAGCUUUCCACGCCCAAACGGCGUCCGCGUUUCAUCCUCAACGUCGUCAUCGUCCCCCCAAUCCUCCUUCCCCAAUGUCGAUUUCGAGCUCAUCUCCCUCAAAUCCCUCGCCUACACUUCCCUCAAGGACCUCCUGCCCUCAACCUCCGCCGCCCAGUCUCCGACGGCUGCCGGCACCGGUUCCGGCUCCUGCUAUGAGAUCUCCAUUCGCAACCGUCUCGUCAAGCAAGCCGCCUGGGCCUAUCUUCAACCUAUGUCUGCUUCUCCGGGAUCAUCCGGCAGCCGGCUCUUUGACCGCAUGUUGCUCGGAUUCUCCAUGGAGUGCUUAAGGAAUCGGGUCAGUACUUGUCUUGGAUUCAUCAACCGCCACAUUUUUUCCGCUAUAAUCCGUGCUUUUGAUCGGAUUCUACGAAUGAUUGGGGUCCGAUGACCCAAAUUGGGCAAAAGGGUUGGGGUCCUUUACUGAUCGUAGCGGCUAAGGCUGAGCCUUUUUGUUUCAUUCAUAGAAUUGAUUCCGUUACAAAGUGUAUUUUGAUUUGCACACGGUUUUUUCAGUGUGACUUUCGAAUUGCAAAAGAAAAAAAAAAGCAAGGACAAAUUUACAUCUAUAAAAGGAGAUUGAUAUGUAUAAAAGGAGAUUGAUAUGUAAUGAAUUUGGAAUUUGGACUAAAAGAAAAGGGAGCAAUUGUUGUUUUCUUUUGCAAA